AUGGCGAGAAUUAAUGUUUACCUCUUUGCAUUCAUUUUCCUUUUGACUCUUAAUAUUAUCUUACAAGAGAUUGGUUCCGUUGAAGCCCGAACACUCACUAAGUCCACCAUGACGAUUACUGAGGAAAUCGGUGCUGAUGGCUCUGUGCCGUUGUCACCACCGGCUGAGCCAAUUCAGCCACCGCCAAGCCAUGGAGUUGAUACCUUCAGGCCCACGGCACCCGGACAUAGCCCUGGUAUUGGACAUUCCGUACACAAUUGA